AAUAAAAAAAAGAAUGGUUGGUUUCCCAUCGUUUCUUCUCUCUCAAAGUUGCUUUUCUAACGCUAUGGAGAAAAAAUUGUGAGUUGAGAGUGGUCGGAUUAAGGUGGUAUUAAGCACGUGAAUAGAAAAGAAAGGGUAAUCUUCGAAGGUGCUUACGUGGAGGUAAGUAAGUGUAUGGAUUGGUUUGGAGUGGCCUGAUCCAAAUUUCCAUAAGGGCGAAUCCGACGCGGAUGGGGUCAGGCAAACUUUUGUGAGCUUCAAGCUUUUGCAGGGCAGUAGAAUAGCGUUGGACUGAAAUCGGUGGAGAAGAUGGAGCGGAGCCUAUUCAGCUGUCAAUACUUCCCGAUUGCUUGACGACGGCAUUGCUGAAACGCCUUCAACACCAGAGUUAAGUGCUUUCUCCUUUUUCCACUUGAUGAUGGUAUAGCCGUAGGAAAUAGAAAUUCAGAAUAGAAAAUAAACAACAAGACAGGAGAAAGAGAAAACAAAAUGGAUGUGCUUCCUUCUUCAAUUGAUAUACACAUACCUUUCAACAAACCCAAAUGUGAACAUCCUCCUUGUCGUGUGAGUGCCACUCUGAAUCUGAAUAAAUUGGCGUUGACCCAUCAGCUGGUCCUCGAAAUUCCCCUUUCAACAUCAAAUACGUUCGCCUGGAACCAGUUGAUCCAAACCCAUCUCUCCAAUAAGCAACUUCAACAAGUCCUCUCUGUUUAUCAUGGGAUGAUGCUUCGAGGUGUCCGUCCCGACAAGCAUACUCUCCCCCGCGUCUUAACCGCUUCUCGUCUCUGCACUAACUUAGCUUUCGGGAAACAAGUUCAUGCCCAUGCUUUCAAGCUUGGCUUCUCCUCCGACCUCUAUGUCAUCACUGCUUUAAUGGAAAUGUAUGGUCGUCUACACGGUGUUGACGCUGCAAAAUGGGUGUUGGACAAUGCCCCUACUACCAAUUCUGUUGCUUGGACUAUACUAGCUAAGUUGCACUUAAUAGACAAUAAGCCCCACUUGGCAUUUGAAAUAUUUGACCAAAUGCUUCGAUUGAAGGCUGACAUUGAUCCAGUAGGAUUGGCAACAGCUAUUGGCGCAUGUUCCCUCUUAAAGUCCCUGCAACAGGCAAGAAACGCGCAUCAGAUUGCUAGGGACUGCGGGUUUGAGUUUCACCUACUUAUCGGCAAUUCACUCUUAAAAAUGUAUAUUGAUUGCGAUAGUCUGGAGGAAGCUCGAUCUUUUUUUGAUGCAAUGCCAUCCAAAGAUGUUAUUUCAUGGACAGAGAUGAUUCGUGGGUAUGUCAAGAAGGGGGGUUAUAAUGAGGGCCUCAAAUUGUUUCGCCGAAUGAUUAGGGCUGGAAUAAAACCUGAUUCUCUCACAAUUUCUAGCAUUCUUCCAGCCUGUGCAAGAGUACCAGCUCAUAAGCAAGGGAAGGAACUACAUGCCUACUUGUUUAGGAAUGGAAUAGAUUUGAAUCUCACGGUCCAGAAUGCUAUCAUGGAUAUGUAUGUCAAAUCAGGAUUCAUUGAAUUAGCUUCAACUGUUUUCAUGUGCAUGAUGGAGAGAGAUAUUGUCUCUUGGACUAUAAUGAUAUUGGGCUAUAGCUUGCAUGGACAGGGAGGGCGGGGACUAGAUUUGUUCUUUGAGAUGGAGAAAGAAUCCAGCUUAGAAAUAGAUGAAUUCACAUAUGCUGCAGUUCUCCAUGCCUGUGUUACUGCAUGCAGGGUUGAUGUAGGAAUGUUUUACUUCAAUCGCAUUCAAGCACCUACAGUCAUACAUUGUGCUCUGAUGGUAGCUCUUCUAGCUCGUGCUGGACUCUUUAACGAGGCAUGGGCCUUCAUUGAGGAACACCAGAUUGUAAAUGAUGCAGAGGUACUAAGAGCUUUGCUAGAUGGGUGCAGGAUCCACCAGCAACUAAAAAUUGGUAAACAAAUUGUUGAGCAGCUUUGUGAGUUGGAGCCCCUUAAUGCUGGGAACUAUGUGUUGCUGUCAAAUUGGUAUGCUGACAAUGCAAAAUGGGACAUGGUUGAUAAACUAAAAAUAACAAUUAGAGACAUGGGUUUGAAGCCUAAAAGAGCGUAUAGUUGGAUAGAGUUUCGAAAUAAAGUUCAUGUGUUUGGAACAGGGGAUGUUUCCCACCCGAGAUCUGAGAUAGUAUAUUGCGAGUUGCAGCAUUUGAUGAAGAAAAUGGAAGAUGAAGGGCGUAGACCUAGUUCAGUGUUUAGCCUUCAUGAUGUGGAUGAGGAACGUGAAUGUAUUCAUAUUGGACAUAGUGAAAUGUUAGCCAUUUCUUUUGGGCUUAUCAGUACACAAGGGAGAGAAACUAUUCGUGUCACAAAGAAUCUCCGAGUAUGCCGAAGCUGCCAUGAUACUGCAAAGGUCAUAUCUAAGAUAGUAGAAAGAAAAAUCAUAAUAAAGGAUCCAAAUUGUUUCCACCAUAUUCAGGAUGGAGUCUGUUUAUGCGGGGAUCUUUGGUGAUUUGAUUUUUCACCCUUUAUUAUUCUUCAUUCAUCCAAGUCUCUAGAUCUCAGUAGCUUUGACUGCA